GCUUUCACUAUCGUACCAUCGCGCUUUCAACAUUGUGCCAUCGCGUUGUCAUCGUAAUUCCAUCGCGAUUUCACCAUCAUGCCACUGAAUUUUCACUAUCGUUCCAUCGUGGUUUCAUCAUCAUGUCAUCGUGGUUUCAUCACCGUGUCAUCGCGUCAGUUUCACCUACGUGCCAUUGCGUUGUCACCGUCGUGCGAUCGUGGUUUCGUCAUCGUGUCAUCGCGUUUUUACCUACGUGUCAUGCAAAUAUCAUUAAUUUAGAUGGUACGGAACGAUUUCUAUGAUCAAAUCAGAAUUGUACAAAUAGUAAUUUACGGUAUUACACUUUUCAUGAACUCGCUCAGUAACAUUACCUACCUUGUGAAGUUGUAAAGAACGUAGAUAUGCUUGAAACUGCAUUUUUACUAUAAAUAAAGACCAUAUAUAUAUGUGAUGCAAACUUGAUUGUGCGCGAAAGCAUCUGUCGUUGUAAAAUUAUGUUUAGAUUUUUCAUAAAAUUGAAAAAAAAAAUACAUGUAUGUUAUAAACGAUUUAACUUUAUGUGCUUCAGGUGAAUGAGAAGUGUGGUUUAUCACCGGGCAAAUUCACUGAAAUAAAAACUAAGUCAAUGGACACACAGAGAAAAGCGAAUGCACAAAGGCAGAUGUCCACAGCAUACAAGAAACGUCGGUUUGAGCUAAAGGAGCAAAGAUUGUUUGUCGAUACGGUACAUGAAGUGCACGAAGGCAAAAUGUAUGAGAGUGGAAUUGAAGCCACAAAUUCUGUCAGCGAAUCUGACAUUGAACAGAUCCCUGCACCGUCUACAGUCCUUGCCGAACAAACAUGCGAAAUAGAGAAUAAAAACAGUAUCAUUGUCUUUGACCUCGAGACCACUGGAUUAGGGGCAGAUUCAAGUAUCAUUCAAAUAGCUGCCCAACACUUCACAUCAGGCGAUGCAUUUUCUUGUUACGUAAAACCACAGAGUGGAUUUAUUCCGGCACGGGCAUCUAAAGUUACUGGAAUAGAAUUGCACGGUGGUGUUUUGUUUCAUAACAACUUACCUGUGACUGCGGUGAAACUAUCAAGAGCCCUGGAAAUGUUCAAGAACUGGGUAGAAAAAUACAAACAAAAUGUAUUAGUAGCACAUAAUGUUCAUUUCGAUUCCAAGGUUUUGAUGAAUAGUUACAAAAAGCAGAAAAUCGAUUCGCCAGAUAUUGCUGGAUUCGCAGACAGUUUAUCGUUAUUAAGAAAGUUAUAUCCUAAUGCUGACCGCCAUACGCAAGAAUUCUUAGUAAAGCAUGUGCUUGGUAAAACAUACGAUGCACAUAAUGCUGUGUCAGAUGUCUCAACGCUGGUAGAGUUGUUAUACACGGUAGAAAAUGUGGAAAGAAAGUCAACUGUAUUGAGAAAACAGGAAGUGUUACAUAAAAUUGAAAAAAAAUGAAAAUGAAAAAAAGAACAUAGGUUCGUUCUCGAAAUUGAUUCAUAACAACGUGAUAACAAAUAACUGUGCGAAAACACUUUCAGGCAGUGGUUUGAAUGAAAAACAUUUAAAACUGGCAUAUGACAGAUGUGGAGUUGAUGGCUUAAAUAGUGUUCUUAAACCUCGUGUUAAAAGCUUUGUUAAAUUAGGAAAAGCACUAUUUAAAUAUUAUGACGACAAUGAAAUGUCCUUGAAUUGAAGUGUUUGUGUGUUGUUUUUAUUGGUUUAUACCCAACACAAUUAUUCAGAUCUCAUAGGUUUUCAUUUUGUAUUUUUGUUUUAAGAAAUUCGACUGAUAUGAUUUACAGCAAACUGUCCUGAUAAUUAUUUGACGUUACGCGCACAAUGUACCGCGUUUUAUAUCGAGUUGAAUGCUGCAAAAUCUAAAUCGAGAAGAUAUGUUUUUUAUUAGCUCAUUCAAUGCAGAAAUAAUAGGGGAAUUCAC